AAAUGUUGUUUAGAUUCCUUUGGCCACAACAGUCACGUGUUUCCGAUCAGUCACCUGAAGUUUGAAAGGGUUUGAAGACAUUCGCCAAAAUGGACAAAAUAAAGCCAGAAAAACCAAAAAAGAUCAAAAAUGAAGCCAAAACGAUAGCAAAACGGGAGAGUAAAAAGAAAAGGUUGAGGAAAGCAGCCCGUCUUAUUCUAAGGAACUUGCCAUUUAAGUGCACUGAAGACGAUAUCAAAAACCACUUUUCCAAAUUUGGAAAUAUACUAGAAGUAAAGUUGUUGAAAAAAGAUAAUAUGAACAUUGGCUGUGGUUUUGUUCAGUUUGACAGAAAAAAUAAUGCGGCCAAAGCUCUCUUCAGAACUAGUGGGACUGAUUUUAUGGGUAGACCCGUCAUCGUUGACUGGGCGUUAUCCAAAGAUAAAUUUGAAAAUGUAACUGUUAAAGAAGAGCCACAAGAUGAUGUGGAAACGAAUGAAAAUGAUGUUGCAAGGGAAGGAAAUUAUGAAGUUGAUGAACGUAUUGUAAAAUCAGAAGAUGAAACAGACCCUGAUGAAAGUCACGAUUCUGGAUUGGAUAGAAGUGAUGGGGAGGAAUCAGAUGAUGAGGAUGAUGAUGAUGAUGAUGAUGAUGAUGAUGAUGAUGAUGAUGAUGAAGAUGAAGAAGAAGAAGAAGAAAAUGAAGAUGACCAACCAUCGCCAUUGCUUGGUAGUAUGAAGACAGAAUUUAAAAGCGAGUCAAAAAAGCCUCGAGUGACUGUCGCUGACGAGAGUCAUACAGUAUUUGUCAAAAAUCUACCAUUUUCCGCUACUAACGAAGAUUUGACAAAGUGUGCAGAAGAACACGGAGCCGUCAAUUAUGCACUGGUCUGCAUGGAUCGUAUGACGGAACACUCUAAAGGAACAGGUUUUAUACAGUUUCAGAAUGUAGAGGUUGCCAAUCAAGUACUGGAUGGAAAAAUUCAGUUAAAGCUUAAUGGUACGAGUCUAAUAGCACUGAAGCCUAUGACCAAAGAAGCAGUACAGAAUAUAAAUUCAAAAAAUAAAGGCCCUAAGGAUAACAGAAAUCUUUAUUUAGUUAAAGAAGGAGUUAUUUUGGCUGGGUCUCCUGCUGCGCAUGGAGUAUCAAACAGUGAUAUGAUGAAAAGGCUUCAACUUGAUAAUUGGAAAAACCACAAAUUGAAAAAUCUCCACAUGUUCGUGUCUCCCACACGCCUAGUCAUUCAUAAUCUUCCCGGUUCGUAUGAUGAUGCCCAACUAAAGGAACUAUUUAAAAAUAAUUCUCCCAAGGGUUCUGUCAUUACAGAAUCAAGGGUCAUGAAAAAUUUAAAAAACAUUCAGCCUUCAGGAAAACCAAAAUCAAUGGGAUAUGGCUUUGUAACGUUUACCAAACACGAAGAUGCAUUAUUUGCAUUACGGAAAGUUAACAAUAACCCUGACAUAUUUUUACCAGUUAAGAGGCCAAUUGUUGCGUUUUCAAUUGAAAAUAGGAAAGCAUUACAUGUCAAGGAAAAGCGAUUAGUAAACUCCAAGCUUGCUAUUUCAAAGGUAAAUGAGGCUAAAUCAGCAGAAACUUCUAAGGCACAAGGGCCAUCGAAACAACACCAUCGGAGGAAGCGGAAAUCUAAAAACAAGGAAACCACUGGUCAGGCUCAACUGGCUAAAAAUCCUCAGACCCAAGAGCCGGCCAAACAACAACCCCAGAAAAAGCGGAAAUUGAACAGUAAGAAAACCACUAGUCAGGCUCAACCGACUGAAAAUUCUCAGACCCAAGGGCUGGCCAAACAGGUGAAGCAGAAAUUCAACAAGAACAAAUGCCCCAAUGUACAGAAUGAACCAACAACUGAAUUUGCGCCAUUCACCGGUGUUACAGCAAAAUAUGGAAGUAGAAAGUUGAGAUCGAAAAGGGAAUUGAUUGCCCAGCAGAAACAACAUUUUAUAAAUGCAAAGAAAUUUAAAAAACAGAAUAAAAUUUCAAGAAAGCAAAAAAGAGCUAGGAAACAAAUGUCUCAAUAGUUGGUAUUGUUAUAAUUUUGUAAAUAAAAUGUUAAAACAUUUUUAUCAAUGUAAGAACGAAACUGUAAAAUAAAUUUUAU